AUGGCUUCAGUCACCAGUCUGGAUAAGGACCUGCGCAAUAUGCGCCUCUCGAAAUACACUCCGCAGGCUGCCGAUGAAGUGCGUGACUGGAUCGAGGGAGUUCUUCAUCAGAAACUACCGCCCGGGGACCUAUUGGAUGUCCUUAAAGAUGGCGUUGUACUCUGCAGACUAGUGAAUCUUGCUGUCUCCCCCGGCGUGAAAUACAAAGAAUCGGCGAUGCCUUUCGUACAAAUGGAAAAUAUAUCUCAUUUUCUUCGCGCUUGCCAGCUGGCACCAUUGAGUUUACCUCCUCACGAUGUUUUCCUUACUGUGGAUCUCUAUGAACGCAAAGAUCCAGCCCAGGUCCUUCAAUGCCUUGCUGCAUUUAGCCGCCGUGCCAACACAAUCCAGCCAAGCAAAUUCCCACACUCGAUAGGAGGUGUCAAAAGCAAAGGUGGCCUAGUAAGCCCUCAGGGGACAGGAUCUAAUUUAGGAUUCGGAACGAGGUCUCGUGGCGUCAGUAACGUGAGCCAGACCGGCUCGGCCACAUUGGAUCCUACUACCAACGAUAGUAUAUCCGGUCGUAUUAGUCCACACAAGGCCGGAAAGUCUCCGACAUCGCCUUCAACAACACUUAGUAGCUGGAGUAAAAAGUCAGACGAGGGAAAUACUGCGCCGGCAUGGAAUAUCCAUCAAUAUGGGUAUAUGGGUGGAGCAAGUCAAGGCAACCAGGGAAUCGCUUUUGGUGCUAGACGACAGAUUACAGCGCCGAGUCCUUCUGUGCCCAGUGUCGCUGAAAAAGAAAAAAAUCGUCGAGAGGCAAAACUAGAAGCGGAACGUCAACGACAGCAUGAAGAACAACGCGACAGAGAGGAGGAGGAACGUCGCUGGGCCGAGGAGACGGCACGUUUGAGAGAGAAGGAGCGUCUGGAAAUUGAAAACGAGAAAAAACAGUGGGCUGAAGAGCAGCGAAAGUGGGAGGAAGAAGAACAACGCCGCCUCCAGGAAGAAACAGAAGCCGCUGAAAGGUUUGACAAGGAGCGACAGCGCAAAAGAGCAACAAGUGAUGCGCGCCUGAAUGGCCAAUUCCUCAGUCAAUACCAAGCGACACAAAAGACCGGCGAGGAAUCUGCAGAAUCCAGGCGUAUUAAGGAAUUGGAAAGAGAACUUCACUUAGCCAGAGAACGCGAACGUCAAUACGAGCAAGAGCGACAGGAUCUCCAAGCCAAAGAGGCAGCUAGCAAGGCUCGUUCUCGAAGUCGAAGCCGGCCACGCCCUGUGCAACCUAGCUACGACUUUACCUCUCAGGAAGAAGAACGCAAACUUCUUCGGUCGGAGUGGAACCACCAGCAACAGAAGAAUAUCGCGCCUGUAACUGAACAAGACAAUGUUCCGCCUGCUCCGCCUGCUCUGCCUUCUCGGCCAUUGCCAAAUCCAGCAGACGCGGCUGCGCCGUCCCGGCCUCUUCCUGACCCCUCUAAGUAUGGUGGUAAUGAAAGUAGGGUCGACCGCUUCCUUGCUUCUAACCCUGCGCCUGUACAAUCCAGGCCAAUCGCACACCGACCGCAAGACUACUCUACAACCGCCGAGGUUGAUGCCGAAAAUGAUCGCCGAGUUGCUGCACAAGCAAAGACCAAGGCCGGUGGUUGGGCCUCCAAGUCACUCCUUGAACGCGAGAUGGAACGCGAGCGUGAACGCCAGCGAGAGUGGGAAGAGAAUCAGAAACGCACCGUGGAAGCAGCAAAGCGUGGCGUUGGAGCUGGGAUUAGCAGUGCUCCUGGUCAAGGGGCUUGGGAUGUGCAUCAAUAUGGCUAUAUGGGGGGCGAUAGCCAAAACCGAGGAGGUACUGGUCUCGGUGUAGGAGGGCCUCGAAGGCAAAUCAUCGGCCCUCGUCCUCCCCCGUAA